AUGAACUUUCUCGCCGCCUGCGGGGACGCGGCCGCUCGCUCCGACAUCAUGAAGACGACGCGGAAAUGUCGCGCCCUGCUGUCGGUGGGUCUGAACCUGGUGGCGCUGUUCUUCUCCACCACCGCCUUCAUCACCACGUACUGGUGCGAAGGAACCCAGCGCGUCCCCAAACCCAACUGCAGCAAGCAGCGGCACCACAACUGCAUUGACUACGGCGUGAACGAGACGGACCAGAGCAAGGUGCACUACAGCUGGGAGACCGGGGACGACCGCUUCCUGUUCCGCCGCUUCCACACCGGCAUCUGGUACUCCUGCGAGGAAAACAUCCACGAAGCAGGUGAAAAGUGUCGGAGCUUCAUAGAUUUGGCCCCGGCGUCCGAGAGAGGUGUUCUGUGGUUGUCGGUGGUGUCAGAGGUGCUCUACAUCCUGCUGCUGGUGGUCGGGUUCAGCCUCAUGUGUCUGGAGCUUUUCCACUCUAGCAACGUCAUAGACGGACUCAAACUCAACGCCUUUGCCGCUGUCUUCACCGUCCUGUCUGGUCUGCUGGGUAUGGUGGCCCACAUGAUGUACACUCAGGUGUUCCAGAUCACAGUCAGUCUGGGUCCUGAAGACUGGAGGCCUCACAGCUGGGACUACGGCUGGUCCUUCUGCAUGGCGUGGGGCUCCUUCACCUGCUGCAUGGCCGCCUCCGUCACCACCCUCAACUCCUACACCAAGACGGUGAUCGAGUUCCGGCACAAGCGGAAGCUGUUCGAGCAGGGCCUCCGCGAGGAGCAGAGCUACCUGGACCAGGAGGCCUUCCACUACUUCCGGGACCGAUCCCUGCAGUCCAUCUCCAGCACCGUGGAGGUCUACCCGGGCCACAGCGGAGCCAGGGCCGGCCUCGUCGUCGGGGGGCCGGGUCCCGGUCCCGGUCCUGGCCCGGGUCCGGGUCCAGGGCGUGGGAAGAUGAGAUCCACGUCGGCCUCCAUAGACCUGGGGGAGAACACAGACUCGCUGGGGGAGGAGCAGUGCUGA